AUGGCAAAUUACGAGGUGGAACAAUUUUCAAGCGAGGAAAAUUUAACAAUGGGAGAAUUGAGGAAUAAGCUUGCUCAGAUGAAUAUACCGAUAUCUGGGGCAAGGUCAGUGCUGAUGGCCAGGCUAAAUAGAGCACUUGGUGCAGGUCAAUCAAAUCUUAAAGAACAAGCGAGUAGUGAAAGGUCCGCGGAGAAGCGAGGUACAUGUACUAAACCAAAAACUAAGCAUGAUCGAGAUGUAGACGAAAAUCUCGGGAGGCUUAGGACGAAGGAAUUGAGAGAACGUCUAGCUAAAGAAGAUGCGUCGUCGGAGGAAGAAACCGACUACGAGAGUGAAACGGAAGACGAUGAAAAGGGUGAAAGUGAACGCAGGAGCGUGCGAGAUGGACAUCAGAAUUGCGAAUGCUGUAGAAAGACACGUAGGCGAACAACAUUGAGUUUUCAAGAUGUCCAAGACGCCUUAGAAGUUUUUACGGACGAAAACAACGAAAAUAUCAAUCAAUGGUUCAGGACAUUUGAAGAAACGGCAAGCAUGUGUAUGUGGACAGAGGAACAAAAAGUAAUCUGUACAAAAAAGUUGAUGAGAGGAUCAGCUGAAAUAUUUGUAAAUUAUGAGUGCCAUGCUAGAACUUGGUUACACCAUAGACUUCAAGAGACGAAAAAACGAGAUGACGAAGGAUGUACGGCUUACAUGUAUCGUAUGCUUGGGGUAGCUAGUCACAUGAAUAUGAAAGAAGCAGCAAAAAUGCGGUACAUCGUAGAAGGAAUAAGAGACAAAGAAGUCAAUAAGGCAAUACUAUAUGGGGCAAAAUCAAUGAAAGAACUUAAGGAAAAUCUAAUCACCUAUGAGGAACAAAAAUCUCGUAUAGCAGAGUCAUCUGUGGGACUGGUCAGAGCUGAGGACAACAGGAAAUACAGGCAAUCUGGAAAUGUGGUGAAGUAUAGAAGAUGUCAUAAUUGCGGCGAUAAAGAACAUGUAAGUGCUGAUUGUCCAAACAAAUCGAGAGGAGCACCUCAACUUGAGAACAGAAUAAUUAAAUUCGAUAGUAUAGGAGCCGUGAACGUACAUACCAUGGGACAAUUUAAAACGGAAAUAGUGAUUGACGGUUUCAAGGCAACUCUAGACUUUGAUAUAGUUCCUGAUAACUAUUUAGGACAUGAUGUACUAUUAGGAAUUGAGUUAACUGAGCAAUUGGAAAUAAGAGUGGAACAUAAACAAGUUAAGUUUAUACAAAUUAAAAAGGAACAACGUGUGAACCAUUGUGCUGUCGAAGUUAGUGAAUGGAAUGAAGUAUUAAAUAUAGACGUAUGUAGUGAAGAAAACGAUCGAGAUAAGGUCGAAUUGGACCAUAUUGGAGAGAAACAACAGGAAAUCGAGAUUCUCCGGAAAGAACGAGAUUUAGAACGUGAACGAAUUACGAAAGCCGCAAAUCAAGCAGAUCAGACAGAACAAUCGCUUAUUUCAGUAGUAAAAGAAUAUGAGCAGUAUCGCGAGAAAAUGCAAAAAACCGUUACUGACGCGGAGGUUGCAUUUUCAAAAUUACUCGAAGAGAAAAAUGCACUAGCUUUACAAUUGGAGGAAGAGAAGAGGAAGUUUGAAGAUCUCCAGUUUCGUUUCGAGGAAAAAUCGGGUAACAAGGAUGAUAUUCAGAAAGAAAGAAGUGAGCAAUGUGUGAUAAAUACUGUAAAUGAAAAUAAGAUCAAAGAUCUCGAAAUGCUUUUGCUGGAAGAAAGAGAACGUGUCGGUCAGCUAGAACGUGUUAGCAUAAAAUCAUUCGAAACAGAAGAAGAAAUGACACGUCUUCGCAAUGAAGUCUUGUUGAGGUUAUUCGUUUCAAAUGCUACUGCUCAAGAAACGCAGCAAAUCGAAGACUUACAGAGUCGCAAUAAAACUUUGGAGGAAAGUAGAAAUAAUCUUGAGGAUAAGGUGCAAGAGAAAAGAAUAAUUAUAGAGCAAUGUAUAAAUCAAAAAACUGAAUUGCAAUCAAAAUUGAAAGAAAAUCAACAAGAAAGCGCGGUUCAUAAAGAAUCACAGAAAAGUUUGCGGACAGAAAUAGAACGUGCGACAAAAGAUUUGGAGAAAAGAAUACGUUGA